AGUUCUUAUUAAUAGAAAAAUGAUGAUGAUGAUCGGAGAUCCUCAUAGGUCAAAUCCAACCGUACAAAUCCCGUAUUGGGAUUACCAGAGAACCGAAGAUCCGACGGCCCACAUUCACUCACCCAUUACCCACAACGUUUCCACAAAUAGCCCAGAUGGUUACCACCACUACGAGAAGGCUUUGGCGGCGCUUCAGCGCUACCUGCCCUCGAACCAAGACGACGACGUCGUCGUACAGGCGGAUGACGAGGAUUCCGACAAUUUCGAUUUUCCGGUGGACGCGUUCUCGUGCGAUAAUUUCCGGAUGUUCGAGUUCAAGGUGAAGAAGUGCGCACGUGCCAGGUCACAUGACUGGACGGAGUGCCCGUUCGCCCAUCCCGGGGAGAAAGCCCGCCGGAGGGACCCACGCAAGUACCACUACUCCGGCAGCGCGUGCCCUGACUUCCGCAAGGGCGCGUGCGUGAGGGGCGACACCUGCGAGUACGCCCACGGCGUAUUCGAGUGCUGGCUCCACCCCGCUCGCUAUCGUACGCAGCCCUGCAAGGAUGGCACCCACUGCCGCCGCCACGUAUGCUUCUUCGCUCACACCCCCGACCAGCUCCGGGUCCUGCCGUACAACAGCAGCCCAGACGCUUCCCCUGCUCGAACCGGUCACGAUCCGUUCAUUCUGGUCGGAUCCUCUCCUAAAUCUACGCUGUAUUCUCCGCCAUCCUCUCCGACCACCGCUUCACCUCCGGUCUCACCCGGUGGUUCUCUACGUCUGAGUCAACUCACUGAGUCGAUGCGCGGUCUGCAGCUGAAAAAGAUGAAAAUGGGAUUGGGCAUGGGCAUGGGGUUGAGCCUGAGCCCACCGUCGUGGGGCCUUGGAUACGGGUCACCGCGAAGCCCGUCGGCAGUCCGACCCGGAUUCAUGAGCCUUCCUUCCACUCCCAUUCGGGCCGUACCACGGCCCGGUUACAGUGCAUUCGACACUAAUUGGGGUACUUCUUACGAGGAGGAGCCGGUGAUGGAGAGAGUGGAGUCCGGAAGAGCGCUUCGUGAAAUAAUCUAUGCUAAACUCGGUAGAGAGAACUCGUUGGGUCGGGUCGACCGAGUGGACCCAGCAGAUACGGUUCCAGAUGUUGGAUGGGUUUCCGAUAUGCUGAACUGAGUUUCCGGGUCGGGUCAUGAGGUUCGGGUUCGGGGCAGCCCUGUUACUAUAUCCAAGUUCUGACUGUUAAAAAUUGUUAAUAUGUUUGCUGACUCAUUGAAGAUGGUAGUGUAAAUACGGGUUGCAUGUCCGGGUCGGGUUAGAUCCGUAGUGUUUGAUGAUUAAAUAUUUGAUUUUGUUGUGGUUAAUUAUUAAUUAUUUUGGUUAAUGUCGGGAGGGGUGAAAAUGGAAAGUACUAUUAAGAAAAAGGAAAUUGAAAAUUUUGUAAUUUUUGUAUAUAGCAUGUUCAGCUACUGUUUUGAUUAUUAA